AUGGCUACUUCUAAUAUUACUAGCCUAAACCUCGUCGGCAACAAACUGUACUGCAACCACCACCACCCUCCUGUCCCUCCCAUGGCCACUCUCCAAGUUUUAUACUCCGAGCGGUACCAGAAAUUACGUUCUGACUCCUUAGUUCUACUUGAAGAUCAUGUGACUACUUUUCCCACCCCCGUCUUGUUGUUGCAGAUUCCACACCAAUUCCUCUUACACCCACCUUCUCACCAUGCUUACCUUGCUGCUGCACUCUCAUCCCUCAACCUGCCUCCUCAGUUUGUCCCAAUAAUCAUAUCCUUGGCACUCAACUUGGCUACCAAUGCCAACUCUUUAGAGUUUUAUUCAAUUGUUGCUGGAUUAGAGUAUCUUCGCAUUGAACAAAUUGAUCAAACAAACGACUUUGAUGAGAUUCUUCGUGCCGAAUUCAGGGACAUGGUGGAUGCUGGGAUGACACCGAGUGAUGAUAUUGAUUAUUUAGUUACAAAUUUUAUGAACUUGUUGGACGGUUUCGGUUGGGAGUCGGCACCAUCAACUGAAGAGGGUGCAUCAACAAGCGCAAUUGACAAGUUGGUCAAAAAGGGUAGCUUUGUUGCGAGCAGUAGUCAAGAAGGGCAAGGAUUUGAUGUGGGUUUUACUUGCAGUGUAUGUUUGGAGGAACCACAGGCAGGGGAUAAGCUCAUACGCAUGAACUGCUCUCAUGUAUAUCACCAAUCUUGUCUACUUCCAUGGCUCCAGAAGCGUAACACCUGUCCUAAUUGCCGUUGUAAACUAGAUGAACAAUGA